UCCCGCCCGGCGCAGCCGCCGCUCCGCAGCGCGGGCCCGGGGCGGGCGGAUCGGGCCGUGUGGGGGCGGUCCCGGCGCGGCGGGAUGGCGCUGCCGCAGCAGUGCGAGGCCGUGUUCGGCACGGCGGACCUGUACGGCGCGCUGGACGUGCGGCGGGAGGCGUCCCCGCAGGAGAUCCGCCGCGGGUACCGCCGCGCCUCGCUGCGCCUGCACCCCGACCGCGUCCCGGCCGAGCAGAAGGAGGAGGCCACGCGCCGCUUCCAGAUCCUGAGCAAGGUGUACGCGGUGCUGAGCGACGCCAAACAACGUGCCCUGUACGACGAGACCGGCACGGUGGAUGAGGAUGCUGAGGUGCUGCAGGGAGACAAGGACUGGCUGGAGUACUGGCAGCUGCUCUUCAAGGUCUCCGUAAAAGAGAUCGAGGACUUCGAGAACAGCUACAAAAACUCAGAGGAAGAGCUGGAGGAUGUGAAGGCAGCGUACCUGAACUUCAAGGGUGACAUGAAUCGGAUCAUGGAGUCCGUGAUGUGCGUGGACUACACGGACGAGCCGAGGAUCCAGGCAAUGAUCGAGCGAGCCAUCGCCUCUGGGGAGCUCCCGUCCUACCAGGCCUUCGUGAGGGAGUCAAAGCAGAAAAAGAUGUCCAGAAGAAGGCGGGCAGAAAAAGAAGCUAAAGAGGCAAAAAAGACUAAAGAUGAACUGGGCAUUGGUGGAGAAAAUGACUUGCAAGCGCUGAUUCAACGCCGAAGCAGGGAUCGAGAAAGGGAAAUGGAUGACUUCUUCGCCCACCUGGAAGCAAAAUAUGGGAAUAAUGCCAAGAAAGGAGGAAAGAAAACUGCAGCCAAGAAGAGGAAGACAUAAGGAACGAUGAUCAUUUCUCAAAGGCUCAGGAGUCACGAGGUGAGCACUUUGAAGGCCCUCAUUGCUUCAACAUCAGCAUUCAGGGAGCUUCCUGGGGGGAAGCCAGAGGUAGAGGGUCACUCUGUUCCCCUUUACUUGCCUGCUCCUAAAAAUGACCCUGAUUCUGAGAGAGUACAGCAUAUCAUUGUGUUGGAUAACACAGGGCUUAAAGGUUACUUUUGUUACACAGAAUAAAUAAAUAACAGCCCAGGAUCAGUCUCUGGUGUCAACCAUCUGUACAGAAAACACGAGAUGGGCCUUAGGAGGAGACUGCUUCACUUUUUCAUUUAAACACACAUUUAAACACUCCUCUAGGCUAUAAAACACUACAUUACAUUACCAGCAGUCUAUUCAAGUUUAUUUGUCUGGUUUUGUAACUCUUGUGCUACAGAAAACUCACUUUGUCCCUGAGGAAUGGCAUGGAUACAAAUGGGAUGCUUAUCUGCAGUUUGCCUGACAGAACUGACACACUGUACAAUAUUCCAGCAGUCCCAAGUGUUAAGAGAAAUUGUAUUUUGAAAUGGUUUGGUGAGUACAGGCCUCUGGUUAGCAUCAGGUUCUCUCUCUGCAAAUUUGAGAGGUUUAGAUUGAGAUCAGAGCUGCUCUUUUUUUUUUACCUUCUGGAAAUGCAAAGGCAAGUUAACCCAGUUACAUUUGCACAGUUCCCUGUUUUUGAUGAAAGCAUGCUUGGAUCAACUGGACUCAAGAUCUUCAAUAUUGAUUAAAAAUUAUUAGCUGCUCUGUAGGUAACAUAAAUUGGAGUGGGGAGAUAGGGGAGAUACUUCCUAAAGAACACUGACAAGCUUUUGUCCAUUAUGAACAGUAAUUUGAAGAAUAAUAAGGAAAUUAGGAAAAGAAGUGCUCUUUAAUAGGACUAGAAAGGAACACAACUGUUUUUGUGCAGUGUCCUGAGUUUGUUUGAGUACAGCCAGUGAUUAUCCUCACCUUGUUUUUACACUUUAGUCUGUUUGGGAGUAAGACUUUCAACUAACUGCUUAUUUUGAGAAGCCUGUACUUCAUGGGGUUUUUUGUCUUAUCUGGAGCCACAAGGGCAGCUGCAGCAAACGCCUCCUCCACGUCUGUCACACGGUGCAGACACAGCUGCUAAAAGCUCCAUUGCAUCUGUGGCUUGGGGAGAGCAGAAAUCUGUAAUUACAGGUAUUUUAGAAAGGGAGAGACUGAGCCAUUCUCUGAAAUCACCAUAAAAUAUCUCACCAGGAAGACAAGUGUAUUUUCUUGCAGUAGUGUGUGAAACUACUUGUAGUUAGAGGCUUCUUGUUGGCUGCUAACCCUUCCUCAGUCACUGAGGAAGAGGUGUAAGGUUAAAUAACUCGGGAAGAGGCAGUGGUUGCUACCUGUGGAGCUGUCAGUUCACCUGCUUGGCUACCUUAGUGCUACACACGUGUGUCCAGAUACCUGCUGCAACUACUGCAGGAUCCAGCACUUGCCUAAGCUGAGUUGUAGAAGCAGAAUCGAGUGCAGUGCUUGCUCUUCCUAGUACAAUAUUGCUUUAAACAUAUUUGAAUAUAUAAAUACAGCUUAAAAAAAUUUACAUUACUACUUCUGUGGAAGGCCUGGGCAACCUUCUGUGGAGCUAAUGGAAAAAUGAGCAGGUUCUGCAGUACCUGCCUUGUAAGGACAUGAACCCAUCAGAACCUCACAGGAACACAGCAGUGACUGAGUGUUUGCUGGAUUUCCUAGGAGUUAGGCUUUCCUGGAGUAUCUUCACCCUUCCACUGCAGUAUCACUUUCUCUACUGGUAGAAAAUGGAAUGUUUAAGUGUACCCCUUCUAAUCUUUGGCAGCUGCUGCUUAGGUUUAUAUAAAAAUAACUAUUUGUGAGGAAGGGUGUUUGAAAACUCUCUGUAAACAACGUUGACCUUGCUGGGAACGAGAGGUGGUUCAUGACUCUCCAGAGAUGGGUUGAUGGACGGAUGGAUGGAUGGGUUGGACACUUCUCCAUGGCACCUCAGAACCCCUGUCUGCUUUUUGUGCCCGAUCCACUUCGACUGUGGCCUUUCACAGAACCACGUGGGAGGAGACCUAAUAAACAGAGAUCAUGGACAACUUCAACACUUCUGAAAGGUAUUCAAACUAAGUACCAAAUGCAUCUCCUUUAGCUUCAAA